AUGUCCUCUCAAAAGCGCAAACGGUCCGCCUCUGCCGUCAGCAGCGGCAGCAGCAGCGCCACCAACCUCCACCGCUCCCAACCCCUACCCUCCGACACAAUCAACCCGCUCUCCCACAGCCAAAGCACACUCAAACAGCUCAGCGCCGCAGGGCUGACCGAGACUGACGUGCUGCCAUCGACAUACUUACCAAACUUCCCGCACCGGCCCAUCCGCCCUGCCCGGCGCCGCAGCCAUGGCCACGCAGGAGAGGACGACGACCUGCCACCCCUGCCACUCUCUGCUGAGGAUGAUAAUGCCCGCCGGGCGCGGCAGAUGCGUGGUGCACAGGAGCAGCGCCUCGGCGUGCUGACGAGCGUGGUCCUCCGCGCGCUGGAGGAAGAUGACAUCCCUCGUGCGCGGAGGGCGUUUGGUCUGCUGCGGCGGAGUGAAGUCAGGGGGAAACCUGUUGAUCUGAGGCGGAAUGGGCUGUGGAGUCUGGGCGCCGAGGUGUUGAUGAGGGCAGGGGAAACGCGGUCGAGGACUGUGCUUCCUGGGGGGCAGCAGCAGCAGCAGGAGAAGGAGGAGAUCGUGGUGAUGGAUAACAACGACGUUGGAGCGAGAAACAAGACGACAUUGCGCAGAUGGGGGUCCCCAGCCAACAUGCCACAACUACGUGUCUACCUCGAGGGCCUCAUCCGCCAAUACCCCUACAACCGUCUCCACCCAGACUCCAUCUCCAGCCUGGACUUCCACCCUGUCCUCUUCAGCUGCGAGCUCUACAACACCUGGAUCGAGCACAAACUCGCCCUGGCGACCCUAGACCGUGCGUCCGAGACCUGGUCAGACGAUCUUGACAUGCCCGGCGGGCGCUACUCGGACGACAACGAUGACGAUGACGACGACGACAGCCGCCUCUUCGGCCCCACAAUCCGGGACCGGAGGCUCCGACAGGAGAAGAAGACCCUGGCACAUCGGGCCCUGGCAGUGAUGAGGGACGUCGCCGCACGUAUGGACGCACUGAUGGAGAAUGCGCCGUAUAACCGCAGCGUGGAGAUGCUGAGGCUUCGCGGGAUGGUUGCGCUAUAUGUGGGCGACUUGAGCGUGCCGCCACCACCGAAGACGGGUGAUGACGAGGAAGAGGAAGAGGAAGAAGAGGGCAUGCGGGUGAGGGCCGAAGAGAGGGCGAGGGCGAGGGUGUGUUUUGUGAGGAUGAGGGAGAAUGGGGGGCGGCUGGACGCUUUCACGGAGCGGUGGCUGGAUGGGUCUGGAGAGGAUGACCACGGAGCUAAUGAGGAAGAUGAUGAUUUGGGUUCUACAUGGAGCAGCUUGCCUGUCUUCUCGUCCCUGCCUAAGAGAUAA